CCCCAGUAUAGACUAGUUUGAAGUUGAUAAUCUCUCUCAAAUCAAGAAAAAUGUCUGAGAAACUGGACAGUACAAGUUCCCCAGAUGAAGAGGCGAACAAGAAGAUAAAGUUUGAUAUACCUUCAUCAAGCGGGUGGGAAUGGGAAUCUAGAUCAAGCGGGUGGGAAUCUACAUCAUGCGAGUGGGGAUCUAGUGCUACUCAAGAAGUUCGCUCAAAAGAGGGUGCUAGUGUUCAAGAGCCGGAAUCUAGUGUUAAACAAGGAGAUGGCUCAGAAGGGGGUGCUACUGUUCCAGCGUUGUUCUACUCUAAUGUUGGACAUGGAGAUGGCUCAGAAGAGGGUGCUAGUGUUCCAGGAGAAAGUGUAGCGGGUGAUAACUUGAGCCCAUCAACGGUGAAUACUCCCAGAAACCAGGACGACACCGCCCCAGCAGGCAGUCCAUCUCACUCAGGAGCAUCAGCAAGCACUUCAAUUGUCUAUAACAAGAGAAUCCUCCGCUACAAGAAGAGCUUAACCCAAGGCGAUAUCUCCAGGGGCGAGCUCAUGAUUCCAAUAUUAUAUGGCAGAAAAUUUCUCCCUGAACCUCAGGAACAUGAUGGAAUAUAUGAAGACAUAAAAGUAGCAUUUAUGGACCAUAAGAGACAGGUCUGGCCGAUGGAGGCUUAUUUCUCAGAGCGGACCAGCUCCUACAUGCUUGGGUUGAACUGGGAGAGAUAUGUGAAGAAAUUUAAAUUGGAGCCCGAGGAUAUGAUUUUCUUUUAUCAUGAUCCAGCUCUUCCCACUUACGACCACUACUUGAUGGAAUUUGAAAAAAAAGGGCGCGAUAGCAAACACACGGAGAAGCCUAGCGAUCCCACGGAGAAGCCUAGCGAUCCCAAGGAGAAGCCUAGUGAUCCCACGGAGAAGCCUAGAGAUCCCAAGGAGAAGCCUAGCGAUCCCAAGGAGAAGCCUAGCGAUCCCACGGAGAAGCCUAGCGAUCCCACGGAGAAGCCUAGCGAUCCCAGGGAGAAGCCUAGCGAUCCCAAGGAGAAGCCUAGCGAUCCCACGGAUAAGCCUAGCGAUCCCAAGGACACCACUUGA